CAAGCUUGCCCCCGCCAUCGACUACCAGAUCAAGGAGCAAGGCGGCGUGGGGUGGUUGCCGCUCGGCCACGGCGAGCGAGCUCAGCCGUAUCGGCACGACUGGGUCAUCGCGGCGCGCAAGCGGCCGUAUGUGCCCGUCAUCUACGGCGCCCAGGGCUGCCGCGCAGAGGAGGAGCAGGCCCAGAAAGUCAUGCUGCUCUUCUGUCCUUGGACCACCAAUGCCGCAGAUGCCACGGCCGACGUGCCCUUCGUCGCAGACCUGAUGGGCGGUUGCAGCACCUGGCGCGAUGCCCUGACGCUGUGGUUCUCCAAGCGAGGGUUUGCCACGGAGUCUCUGCGCCGCUACGUCCGGAACUUCUGCUUCGUCUACUGUCUACCGCGGGAGCUGCAGUCCAAUGGGGACCUCGCAGAAAACAGCGACAACGAAGGCAUCGAGGACCGGGAUGCUCCGGAAUGCUUCGACGCCAACGACCUGCAGGCAGCUCUGGUCACGCACGUGCGGGGCAGCGGGCGGGCAGAAGAGGAGGCCGACGGUGCUGGUGGGGCAGCAGAGCCAAGCUUGCAGCACACCAUGACCAAGGAAAUGUUCGACCUGUCUUCGUCCAUCUGGCUGGAAGGCCCCGGCCGCGGUGAGGCGAACGCGGAGGCCGUAGCAGAGCGCCGGAGGUUGGAGCACACAGAAGGCGUGCAGUGUCCCGAGCGCUUGCUCGCUGCGGCGCAAGCCUCGCGCAGCAAGGCGGCGUCUGCCGCCGCGUCUCAGGCCCGAGCCCGUCUGGGAGGCACAGAAAGACCGCCACAGGUCGAGGAGCGACGAGCAAUCACAGCAGAACAGCUCUUGACUUGGGUGCACAGCGAGAAGAUCAGCUCCUUCCUGAAUGCCAAGCAGCACGAGCUUCUGAGCUUGGCCGUGGAUCGCAUCCUCGUCGAGCACGGCCUGGUGCAAGUCGAAGACACCGCCUUGCAGCGGGGCGACCCCCUGGUUUGGCUCCUGCACGGCGGACCUGGCACCGGCAAGACAGAGGUCCUGAACCCCAUGAAAGACCUUUUCGACAUGCUCGGCUACAAGAAGGGAUUCGA